CUCCAUUGGUCGCACCCGCCCCUCGUCGCCAGCAACAUGGCGGUCUAGCGCAGCAGCGGUGCGGACCAGAGCCUCGCUAGCGACGCUGUUCGGUGCCGUUGACUGCCGCCCAUUAACCCGCCGUGUUCGGCGCGGGGUUUUUGUUGUUGCUUUCGACGACAAAGUCAUCGUCGAGAGCGGCCCGCGAAGCGAGGGAGGAAGGGGGGGUUGUGUGUGUGUGGUGUUGAAGGAGGGCGGCUGCAAUGCACGAAGGCAGGCAGACCAAUAAUGUGCUUCUCACCAGGGCACUGGACAAGAUCCUGGCCGACAAGGACGUGAAGAAGGCGCACCACUCGCAGCUGAGGAAAGCCUGCGAGGUCGCGCUCGAUGAAAUAAAAGCCGAAGCGGAGGUGCAGAGUCCUCCGGCGGUGGUGGACGGCAAGGUUGGCUCGUCGGCACUGCCCCCCAUCCGCUCCAAGUCCAACUUCAUCGAAGCGGACAAGUACUUCCUGCCAUUUGAGUUGGCCUGCCAGUCAAAAUGUUCCCGUAUCGUGAGCACUUCCCUCGACUGCCUCCAGAAACUGAUAGCGUACGGGCAUCUGACUGGAAACGCGCCCGACAGCACCACCCCAGGGAAGAGGCUUAUCGACCGUAUCAUAGAAACCAUCUGCGGGUGCUUUCAGGGUCCCCAAACGGAUGAGGGAGUGCAGCUACAGAUCAUAAAGGCCCUGCUGACUGCGGUGACGUCUCAGAACAUCGAGAUCCACGAGGGAACGCUGCUACAGACGGUCCGGACCUGCUACAACAUCUACCUGGCCAGCAAGAACAUGAUCAACCAGACGACGGCCAAGGCCACGCUCACGCAGAUGCUCAAUGUCAUCUUCGCUCGCAUGGAGAAUCAGGCGCUGCAGGAGGCGAAACAGAUGGACAGGGACAAACACGCGAGGCACGCGCACCAGCCGGGGUCGCAGCCCGGCGGCGAGGGCCAGCAGGCGGACGCGGAUGGCACGCCCGGCACGUCGCACUCCCCGUCGCCGGCCCUGCAGCACGGCCACGUGGGCGAUGCGGAGAGGGCGGAGGUGGCAUCGGACGAAGGUGGUGCCGGCAGCGGCGCCGCCGUGUUUGAGGCAGCAGGAGCGGAGAACGGCGUGGACGGGCCUGAGAACGAGCAGACGGAAGCGGACCGUGCCAUCCCGCCUCACGACUCUCACGAACCAAGCUGUGUUGAGGACGGGGAGACCCCUGAGCCUGUGGUCGCCGCGCAAGAGAUCGUGCAGAAAAUCCUCAACGAGGUCGUCUCCACUGUGGCUGCAGAAUCAGAAGACGGGAGCGCGGGAAGCCACACUGGCACUCUGGAUGAGGAAGGGAGCGGACCCAACGACGCAGAGCCCACUCACGCCAACGGGGUCCCAGGAGGAACCAUCCCACCAUACACGCCUUCCCUGCCCGACGACCGCAUCUCUGUGUCCUCCACAGACACGCAGGAGUCUGGCGUGGCACCUGGGCAGCCCCCAGUGGUGAAGUUCUCCCACAUCCUGCAGAAGGAUGCGUUUCUCGUCUUCCGCUCGCUCUGCAAGCUCUCCAUGAAGCCACUUUCCGACGGACCCCCCGAUCCCAAGUCUCACGAGCUGCGCUCCAAGAUCCUAUCUCUGCAGCUGCUGCUGUCGGUUCUCCAGAACGCCGGGCCAGUGUUCCGCACCAACGAGAUGUUCAUCAACGCCAUCAAGCAGUACCUGUGCGUCGCGUUGUCCAAGAACGGGGUGUCCUCCAUCCCCGAGGCCUUUGAGCUCUCGCUCGCCAUCUUCCUCACCCUCCUGUCCAACUUCAAGACCCACCUCAAGAUGCAGAUCGAAGUAUUCUUCAAAGAGAUUUUUCUCAACAUCUUGGAGACGUCCUCAAGCUCAUUUGAGCACAAGUGGAUGGUGAUUCAGACUCUCACGCGAAUUUGCGCAGAUGCACAGUGCGUGGUGGACAUUUACGUAAACUAUGAUUGCGAUCUCAAUGCUGCAAACAUCUUUGAGCGAUUGGUGAACGACCUGUCCAAGAUUGCCCAGGGGCGGAGUGGCCAGGAGCUCGGCAUAACUCCCAACCAGGAGUUGAGCCUUCGCAAGAAGGGGCUGGACUGUCUGGUGUCCAUCCUCAAGUGCAUGGUGGAGUGGAGUAGGGACCAGUACAUCAACCCAAACUCACAGAGCAAUCUAGACACAGGGCAGGAGCGGCCGGCGGAGCAGGACGCGACGGUCGACUCGCGCCACCCCGAGACCAUCGGCCGCUACGGCAGCGUCAACUCGCUCGACUCGACCGCCUCGUCGGGCAUCGGCAGCGUGAGCACGCAGCUGUCGGGCGCCGACAACCCCGAGCAAUUCGAGGUCCUCAAACAGCAGAAGGAGAUCAUCGAGCAGGGCAUCGAGCUGUUCAACAAGAAACCCAAGCGCGGAAUUCAGUUCCUGCAGGAGCAGAACAUGCUGGGCACCACGACAGAGGACGUCGCUCAGUUCUUGCACAGCGAGAACCGACUGGACUCGACUCAGGUGGGAGACUACCUCGGGGAGAAUGACAAGCUGAACAAGGAGACCAUGUACACUUACGUGGACCAGAUGGACUUCUCCGGGAAGGACUUUGUGUCGGCGCUCCGCCUCUUCCUUGAGGGUUUCCGCCUGCCCGGAGAGGCCCAGAAGAUUGACAGGCUCAUGGAGAAGUUUGCCGCUCGCUUCUGCGAGUGCAAUCAGGGACAAACGGUUUUUGCCAGUGCGGAUACAGCAUAUGUGCUGGCCUACUCGAUAAUUAUGCUCACCACAGACCUGCACAGCUUGCAAGUGAAGCACAAGAUGUCUAAGGAGCAGUACAUCAAAAUGAACCGGGGUAUCAACGACAGCAAGGACCUGCCCGAGGAGUACCUCUCCUCCAUUUACGACGAGAUCGCCGGCAAGAAGAUUGCAAUGAAUGAGUCCAAGGAGUUCGCACAAAUCUCCAGGCCGGCCAAGCCCAACGUCGCGAGCGAGAGGCAGCGACGGCUUCUCUACAACCUGGAGAUGGAGGCCAUGUCCAGGACUGCCAAGGCGCUGAUGGAGGCCGUGAGCCACGUGCAGGCGGCCUUCACCAGUGCCACCCACCUCGACCACGUGCGACCCAUGUUCAAGCUCGCAUGGACGCCGUUUCUCGCGGCGUUCAGCGUUGGCCUGCAGGAUUGCGACGACACCGAGGUGGCCUCGCUCUGCCUGGACGGCAUCCGCGGGGCCAUCCGCAUCGCGUGCAUCUUCCACAUGCAGCUGGAGCGCGACGCCUACGUGCAGGCCCUCGCUCGCUUCACGUUGCUCACCGCCAACUCGGGCAUCACCGAGAUGAAGCAGAAGAACAUCGACACCAUCAAGACGCUCAUCAUGGUGGCGCACACCGACGGGAACUACCUGGGCAACUCCUGGCACGAGAUUCUCAAGUGCAUCAGCCAGCUGGAGCUGGCACAGCUGAUUGGCACGGGUGUGAAGUCGCGCUACAUCACGGGGACGUCCCGGCGGCGCGAGGGCACGGCGUCUGGCGCAGGCAUCACCACGGACGACUUCACCGGCCUCGGUCCGCUGGGAGGUGGGAACGUGGACCGAAAGCAGAUCGCCAGUAUCCAGGAGUCCAUCGGAGAGACCAGCUCGCAGAGCGUGGUCGUCGCUGUCGACAGAAUAUUCACUGGAUCCACAAGAUUGGAUGGCAAUGCUAUCGUGGACUUUGUGCGCUGCCUGUGCGCCGUGUCGAUGGACGAGCUGGCGUCGCCGUCCCACCCGCGCAUGUUUAGCCUGCAGAAGAUCGUGGAGAUCUCCUACUACAACAUGGGCCGCAUCCGUCUGCAGUGGUCGCGCAUCUGGGAGGUGGUGGGGGACCACUUCAACAAGGUCGGCUGCAACCCCAACGAGGACGUGGCGUUCUUCGCACUCGACUCGCUGCGGCAGCUCUCCAUGAAGUUCCUGGAGAAGGGCGAGCUUGCCAACUUCCGCUUCCAGAAGGACUUCCUGCGGCCCUUCGAGCACAUCAUGAAGAGGAACCGGUCCCCGACGGUGCGGGACAUGGUGGUGCGCUGCAUAACCCAGAUGGUGAACUCGCAAGCGGCCAACAUCCGCUCGGGCUGGAAGAACAUCUUCUCCGUGUUCCACCUGGCAGCUUCUGACCAGGACGAGAGCAUCGUGGAGCUCGCCUUCCAGACCACCAGCCACAUCGUCACCACGGUGUUCGAGAGGCACUUCCCGACCACCAUCGAUUCGUUCCAGGAUGCCGUCAAGUGCCUCUCGGAAUUUGCCUGCAACGCGGCCUUCCCCGAUACGAGCAUGGAGGCCAUCCGCCUCAUCCGGCACUGUGCCAAAUACGUGUCUGAGCGGCCACAGACAUUCCGCGAGCACACGAGUGACGACAUCAACGUGGUGCCAGAGGACCGCGUGUGGGUGCGAGGGUGGUUCCCCAUCCUCUUUGAGCUCUCCUGCAUCAUCAACCGCUGCAAGCUGGACGUCCGCACCAGGGGCCUGACGGUGAUGUUUGAGAUCAUGAAGACAUAUGGGCACACGUUUGAGAAGCACUGGUGGCAGGACCUCUUCCGAAUCGUGUUCCGCAUCUUUGACAACAUGAAGCUGCCCGAGCAGCAGACAGAGGUGAAAAGCAAAACGGAAUGGAUGACGACGACCUGCAACCACGCGCUCUACGCCAUCUGCGACGUGUUCACGCAGUACUAUGAGGUGCUCGACGACAUCCUGCUCGAUGACAUCUUCUCGCAGCUCUACUGGUGUGUGCAGCAAGACAACGAGCAGCUGGCUCGCUCGGGCACCAACUGUCUGGAGAACGUGGUGAUUCUCAACGGAGAGAAGUUUUCGCCGAGCACGUGGGACAAGACGUGCUCCUGCAUGCUCGACAUCUUCAAGACCACCAUCCCCAACGCGUUGCUGACGUGGAGACCCGUGGGUGUGGAGGGCGAGUCCUCUCCGUCUCACGGCGAUGGCAGCGAAAAGCCCUUGGAUGCCGUGUCGCAGCGCUCCUUCGACGUGUCGGUUCGCACGGACGAACACGCUGACCGGCCAUCGGGCGACACCUGGAAGCAGAGCCAGUUCAGCCUGGUGUCGACAGCAAGCGACGAGCAGGGCCGCAGCAAGGGCCUGAGGAUGUCCGAGCAGAAGCUGUUCGCCGCGCUGCUCAUCAAGUGCGUGGUCCAGCUGGAGCUCAUCCAGACGAUCGACAACAUCGUGUUCUUCCCCGCCACCAGCAAGAAGGAGGACGCCGAGAAUCUUGCCGCAGCCCAGCGCGACUCUGACGCGGACGUGCACAUCGACACGGAGGACCAGGGCAUGUACCGCUACCUGAGCUCCAACCAGCUGUUCAAGCUGCUCGACUGCCUCCUCGAGUCCCACCGAUUUGCCAAGGCCUUCAACGCCAGCCAUGAGCAGCGUACCGCACUCUGGAAGGCUGGGUUCAAGGGCAAGUCAAAGCCGAACCUGCUGAAGCAGGAGACGAGCAGCCUGGCGUGUUCGCUGCGCAUCCUCUUCCGCAUGUACAUGGACGAGAGCAGGCAGGACGCCUGGGGAGAGGUCCAGAACCGCCUCAUUGGGGCGUGCAGCGAGGCGUUCAGCUACUUCUUGUCACUGACUUCUGAGUCUCACCGGGAGGCGUGGACCAACCUCCUGCUGCUCUUCCUCACCAAGAUCCUCAAGAUCAGCGACGAGCGAUUCCGAGCCCACGCGUCGAGCUACUACCCGCUGCUGUGCGAGAUCAUGAUGUUCGACCUCGUGCCCGAGCUGAGGACCGUGCUGCGAAAGUUUUUCCUCCGCAUCGGCGCCGUCUUUGGCAUUUCCAUGCAGCAGCCGGAGACGCCCGGAUACAAGUAGAGAUUGUCUGCGUUGUUCCGCUUAGCAAAGAAGGAAAAGGGUGGUACAUUGGAUUGUAAGCUCACAGUUGUUAUUAUUAUCAUCAUUACUGUACUAUUAUUAUAACGUUGUCGUCCUUGUCAUUUAAUUCAGUUACGGAAAGGUUUUCAACUCGAGAAGGUGAAAAAUGUACGUCACAUGACCGGAGGGUUUUGUCCUCUGCGAGUGACUAGGCCGUAAACAUUUACUCCAAUUGGUGUGCGCUUCUCUGGGCGGGAGGCGUUGAAGAGCUUGCGAUGAUUUCGACGGAAGAGAUUUUCUCUUGAUAGUCACAGUGGUGAAGUGUGAUCAUGCCCACGUCUGUCGCCUUACCCCCUCCCCCCCCACACCGCCUCUUGUGCUGGCUAAACGCUUACCCAACCUUGCCCUGUUAUCGACAGACCAUCUGCAUUCCUAUUUAAGAUACCGAUGGCAGGUCAUAUGAACAUUCGGAAAGGGUAUUAAAGUAUAUUAAUAAUUGUACAGCAUUGCAUGUAUUUAUAUUGAUGCUUUUAACUGGAAAAAAGCCCAAUUAUUUGUUAUAUUGGGUCAAGCUGCAUAUUUGUAAAAAACUAAAAAGCGACAUAAAAACACCGUGUACUCCUUCAUGACUUAGGCAAAAAAAAGUUCAAAAUAGUUUUUGUUUGCUUGGAUCCAUGCACAAGAGGCCUGCUGAUGUGGUAAAGGUGUAAGAUAUAAGCUUGAGCAAGCACUAAACUGUGAACACUUUAUGGGUGUGGAGAUCUUCAUUGAUGUGUUUUUCUUUGUGAAGCUUUAUGGACUUUUUUUUUUAUACAUUGCUGUGUGCGUGCAGGGCGCUGGUACAUUUUAUGACGCGCACGCACAGGCGGUCUCUCACUGAAUCACUUUCGUGUUACUUUGUGUGUGUGUGUGUGUUAAUUUCCAAGGGCCGAGAGUGCUCCUAUAAUUUAAUGUACAUUUAAUUGGGAGUCUGAUUUUGGUAUGGGGGAUUGUAUUUACUGAAGGGAAUGUGUGUGUGUGUAUAUUGGAACCACAGUUAUAUAAACAACAUCAUACUCUGUAUUCAGAGGUCUUCAGUUUAGCAGCGGUGUCUGCUAAGUCCACCUGCACCGGGAAUGCAUCGCAAAAAUGUCCUUGUCAAAGAUUUAUUUUUGAGUGUUCAUCGUUGCAUUAUCUCACAUUGGUACAAUAGCUUUUUUUCCAUUGUAUGUUGGCCUUGAAACUAAGUUGUUUAACAACGCAAAUAAAUAAACAAAAACUCCAACAUACUUUGUUUUGGGCACAGCAGAGUCCAAAAUUCUGGAUCGACUACGUGCAGCCGCUUGCAUGGUCAUCGGUCAUAUCACGGUGCUUCGACGGCAAGGGGGUGUUAGAUACAUUUACAGUUUACACUGAGAAGUAGCUGGGCGACCGUCGGGUCAUUCGCUUGGCAGUGUAGAGUUAGUCGGCUGGCUGGCAUUGAACGUGCAGCCCGCGUCACGGCGUGGUGUGCAACUCGGGAGACGGAUUUCCCUCGGAGAAGAAAAUGAUACAGCAACACUAUAACAGCGAGCGUGCGGUGUUGGAGCCAUCCGAGAUGAAGAGUGUCUUUGCCGUGCCGGCUUGCAACAAGGGCAUUGCGUUUGGCUAGUAAUCCCCAUUCUCCGGCGCUCGCCUUGUGGAGGCUGCUUAAUCCGGACGUGACAUUUCGCAUGCCCGUGCUUCAAUGUGGCCGCAUUGUGCAUUCGGCGUAGCUUACGGUGGGAGCAUAGAUAGAGCACAGGCUCGAACGUGGAAGCAUUGCUGGUUUGGGGGGUUUGUUCAGACUCCGCCGCAUCCGUCCCGUGAAAAAAGCACUCUUAUGCUGGAAAUGAGCUCCGGUUUCUUCUCGCUCUUGGAUGACUUCUCUGCUUGUGCUGUGCUCUCGGGGAGAGAGGGAGUUAGGACACAGUGUAUACAUUUGUUUUGCUGUUGAUUCAUAUGCGUUAAUUAUAUGCGGGUCGAUGCGUGUACUUUAGGUCGUGGUAUAUAUAAUAAUAUAUAUAUGGAAUUCAAAUAUGAAAUUUAAAAAAGUGAGAUGUAAGAAAUUUGACUUUAAACAUUAGCGGGGAUUGCAACGAAGAUUGUGCGCAAUGACUUUAUCAGCCCAAUACUUAGAAAAAAAAUCUUCCAAUCAUUCACAGCUGUGGUGAGGGUGUAGCAGUCGAAAUCGCUGGUGGAUGUUAAUUAAACAAUGUAUAUGGAACAGCCAUAUAUAGUUUUUCUAUGUAAAGAAAAAUAACGGAUGCACCGCGGUUUAUGUACAGUUUAAUGGAGAUCAUCUGGUGGGACCUAAGCUGAGUAAUAAUAGUACGAAUAAAUGUUUUCAAACUCAA